AUGAAGAUAGUGACUGACAAGGUCUCUUUCUUCAUUCCACGGGCUGUUGAAACAGGACAGAGGAAAUGGCAAGGAUCAGUCAGUGGAAUAGUUGAUUCACCCCUUGACCAAGUCUGGACCAUUGUUUCUCAAACAAAAAGACUAUCAGAAUGGAUGCCAAUGGUUGAGAGAUGCACUGACGUAGAAGGAGAUGAAGGCAUUCCUGGCUAUGUACGGCUAGUAUCCGGCUUCAUGUUCCCCCAACAAGAUGGAGAAAGGUCAUGGAUCAAAGAGAGGCUGGUUGCAAUGGACCCAACAUCGCACAGUUACGUAUACAAAAUGGAAGCAAGCAACGUGGGCUUAGAUGGAUCAGUAAAUUCCUUAAAACUCAUAGAUUAUGGAGAUGACUCGACGUUGGUUAACUGGUCAUUUGAGAUAGACCCCUUAGAAGGUGCAUUGGAGGACAACAUCAUAGAUUAUCUAGGAUUUCUCUACAAAUCUUGCGUUAACAGGAUCCAGGGUGCCAUUGUGGCUGCAUCCAAGAAAGUUUGA